AGUAGUAUAAAGAGUGCUGUCUGGUGAACAUGCCUUCUUUCUUUUUCUUUUCCUUUUUUAGUUUUUAAUGCAUUGAAAUUGUCUUUUUCUAUAAACUGAAUUGACGUGGUUGAAUGGCUGGGAUUUGGAAGUACAGUAAAUUAUUGAAUAAAAUGCAUUUGCCAGGAUUCUACCAGGAUUCGAGAUAGAAGGUGGAUCGCACUAAAACUGAUCAUGUGUAGGAGGGUCAAGGAAUGGCCUGCCAGUAUAUUUACCCUCAAUGCUGGUCUGUCAUCAAUGUGGAGCCAUAAUGAAAGCUGAAAGUCUCCCUGUGAAAAGAGGCCGAGAGGCCGGUGAAUUGAUGGAAGAACUGAGGUGUACUUAUUGACACAGAGGUUGAUCAGGAAACGGAGGAAACCAUUUAACAGACUCUGGCCUGUAAUUUAUCCUGCUUUAUAAUUAUGAUUAUAAUAAUACCCAUUUUCUUACAUAUCACAUUUCAUGGUCUGGUACAACCCCAAGGUGCUUAACAGUACAUUUUAAAACAACAAAAGAAAAGAUGAAGCUUAAACAUUUGUACCUAUUUGAAAAAGUAAUAACAUUAUAUUUAUUUUAGCCUGUCUCUGUUCAAUGCGGAGAUGUGGCCUUUGUGUGCAUUUUGAAAAAGCAAGUCCUCUUUGAUCUCUGAUUGAAAUGAGAUGUAAUUCCCCUCCUCACAAAUAAUAUGUCAUCCUUGAUUGGAAUCUAUUUGACAUUUGAUUCCAAUGACAUUUAAGACCGGCAAACGACUCCACAAUUAACUUACCACCAAAUUAGCCCUAAUCCACCGGAGCGUCAGAGAGUUCGCACCCGGCGACACAAUCCAAACACCCCAAGUCCAAGUCCCUCGCGUCACACAUGGCGGCCAACGGCAGCGCCCGGAUCGCCGCCCCCACCAACGUCUCGCUGGGCCUGACCCCGCCCGUGGCCGAGUCGCUGGAGUUCAAGACGGUGUCGGUGUUCCUGGUGCUGCUGGUGUGCACCGCGGGCAUCGUGGGCAACGUCAUGGUGGUCCUGGUGGUGCUCACCACGCGCCACAUGAGGACGCCCACCAACUGCUACCUGGUGAGCCUGGCCGUCGCCGACCUCACCGUGUUGCUGGCGGCGGGGCUGCCCAACGUGGCGGAGAGCCUGUCGGGCACGUGGGUGUUUGGUCACUCGGGGUGCCUGGGCAUCACCUACCUCCAGUACCUGGGCAUCAACGUCUCCUCCUGCUCCAUCACGGCGUUCACGGUGGAGAGGUACAUUGCUAUCUGUCAUCCAAUGCGGGCCAAGACGGUGUGCACAGUCUCCCGGGCCAAGCGGAUCAUUGCCGGGGUUUGGAUCUUCACCUGCAUCUACUGCAUGCUGUGGUUCUUCCUGGUCGACAUUAAGGUGGUUGAGAGUGGACACGUUCAGUGUGGCUACAAGGUGAAGCGGGAGCUGUACCUGCCCAUCUACCUCAUUGACUUUGCCAUUUUCUACGUGGUGCCACUUCUCCUGGCCAUCGUGCUGUAUGGUCUGAUAGCACGGGUACUAUAUCUCAGCCCCCUGCCGAACCAAUCAGACACAGGCACCGUCAGCACCGGGGCCCCAACGCUACGCCGCAGCUGCAGGGAGAGAGCCGAAGUGGGGAAAACCGUCCGCGAGAAACGGCCCAAAAGCGCAUUGUCAUCCAGGAAACAGGUGACCAAGAUGCUGGCGGUGGUGGUGGUCCUGUUCGCCCUGCUGUGGAUGCCCUACCGCACGCUGGUGCUCCUCAACUCCUUCAUGGCCACGCCCUACCUGGACGACUGGUUCGUCCUCUUCUGCCGCACCUGCAUCUACGCCAACAGCGCCAUCAACCCCGUCAUAUACAACGCCAUGUCCCAAAAGUUCCGCUCCGCCUUCCGCGGCCUCUACCACUGCAAGGGGGCGGAGGCGUCCCACCGCAGGACGCUGUCCUCCAUGAACACCGCCUACAGCACGGUCCGGGAGGCGCGCCUCUCCCAGGCCAGCAGCAGCAGCGCCAACGCCCAGGUGAAGGACGGCGGGCAGCGCCCCGGCAGGCCCUACCCCGGGGAGAAGGGCGGUCUCGACGAGACCAGCAGACCACCGAACGGAGCGGGAACCCAUCCCGGGGAGGGCGGCUCGCCGGCCAAUGAAGGGAAGGACGAGGACACGGAACGUACGGCGUCCGAGGUUCAGCGGGGGAUCCAGGAAGGAAGUCCUGAGCGGAACGAUGAUAAAGAUAAGGACGCGCGUUUGUCGGAAUCUCCCCAUCAUCCUCAUCCUCACCCUCCUCAUCGUCAUCCCCAUCCUCUGACAUCUUCAUCCUCUGACCUGAAAGCCACAGAGUGGGUGGAACUCUCCGCACACACCGAAAGAAACGCUAAGGAUUCCUCCUGUGCAGCGUGCUAUUUCGAUGGGAAAGAGCAUGACAUUGUUAGUCAGCGCUCGUUAAAUGACAGGAGAUCCGGGGAACCUGUGGAAACGCUUGUUAAAAAUGAGAACGUUGGCACUCACCCCAACCCCACUCCAGAAAGUUCGGACACGGUUGGAUUAAAUAAAGUCGCCGGGAGCAAAACUAGCAACGAUGUUGAACUCAUCCCUGAAGCAACAGAGGCAUGUAAGGACAGCUUGCUUCAUACCAGAAUAUGAGGCCUGAACAUUUCUUUCUGAAAGAUAAACGAUGUGUGUAUAUGCGUACUAUGUGUUAUCUAUUUUCCCAAGGUUUCUAAAGCAAGAUGUUGACUGGGAACAAGCACUUCUUUGAUUAGCAAUGAAUGGAUUCAGUUGAGAGUUGAUGUUUACGUGACUUUGAAUGCCUUAACUGAUCUGACAAAAGGCAUUGAAAAAAAAAACGGAAUAGUCAACAUGAAAAUCCAUCAAUAUGCUGGACACCGACAACAUUCAAUACACCAGCAGUUCUCAGAAACACUUGUAACUUUUUACUUUCCCUUCUUUCUUCUUACAUCCAAACCUAUUGAACGGUGUAUUGAUUUCCUGAUAAUUGAGCACUUGAAAGACAGAGCGCUUUGACUUAAGAGAGUGUUUUGAAUUUUCACUUUCUUUUAUUGGCUGAUUCCAUUCAUUAUGAAAUAGCUUGAGGACUUAAUGGUUUAAAAAACGGUCUCAUGGAUUCUCAGGCUAUUCACAUGAAACAUGUGUCGAAAACUAAAUUCCGACCCCAUUACAUCACGGCCUGUAAAUGGGUGCAUCUUCUGGAGUUGAAAUAAUGAGGAAAUACGUGACAACUCAAGGCAGCUCAGUGCUUUCAACUAGAUUGCUCAGACCUUCCCAUGUCAUCAAAUGCUUUUGAUAAGCGGCUGCUGCUUUUAGCACUGUAUGAAUGCUUUAAUGUCCUUUUAAUGCGUUUUUUAUUCAAUAUCCUUUCUAUAUAGUAUAUAAAUAUGCGUGUUUUUUUUUAGGCUUUUAAAAGAUUGAACAGGCCUAUAAGUAGCUUGCAUUAAAAGAAACAAUCCACAAAUGUAGUCUUAAAGAUCCAUAAUAUUGUCAGUGUGAACUAUUGCGAUCGUUGGCCGAUAACCACCCUGAUAUGAACACUGGUCAAACACUCUCCUUGUGAUUCUUAGACAUUGGUGGGCGUAGGAAGCAGGCUGUCUCUGAUUGGCUGGACGUUGGA